CUCCCGAAGUGUCCAGACUGCAGCGGUGCUGGUGAGUGGCACAACAAGACUUAGCCUGGAUAGAGGGUUAGAAACGUCAAGUCAGAUAGACUGAAGUUUAACUCUAGUCUUACUUUGAUGACCCAGACUGGCUCUCCAGCACUGACAUCACUUUUGAUUCUGGAGGAUUCUCUUUUUUAAUUGAGGGGACGCUCAACUUCCUAAAGAUCGAGGACAAUAACUGAAAUAAACUCCAAUUUUUGCGACUUUUGAUUGCAAUUUAAGUUGCAGAAGAUGUGUUCUACUUUGUGUUUUAUCGUUUUAAUGCUGUGCGUAAUAAACGCAACACUUUCUACUCCAUUUGAAUCAGAGGAUGUUUUACCUGUAAGGAUAACUGGAAGAGUUAGAGGUCGCUUUUGGAAGAGGAGUGAAGAACAGCCGAGAUUUAUUCUCAGCGCGUUUGGCAAGGACAUGACUCUUAAUCUCAUUCCAGACACCAGCUUCAUCGCACCUUCUUUCACCAUUGAGCGCAUCAAAGCCAAAGAUGUUGGCGCUUUACGCGGCGCCUCAGGUGCCCGACCUGCCUCAGGUCUCCAACGUUUCAUGAACCACACAGUAGAGAGUGAAGAGCAUCUUAGAAGCUGCUUUUACUCGGGGAACGUGGACAACGAUCAGGACUCGGUUGUGUCUGUCAGCUUGUGCUCGGGUAUCUUUGGCUCCUUCAUAACGGAAGGGAAAGAGUACUUAAUAGAGCCCAAAGUUAAAGGCGGCCUGGGGCCAGACUCUGCAGAGCAGCUGCAUGUCAUCAAGAGGAGGACAUUCACCAAAAGCCUCGGUGUUCCCGUUCUCUUUGAUCACGCGGCUGUGGAGAGCCAAGCAGAUAAGCACAAUGGGGAAAGUUUUACGCACAGCGACAGUGACGCACGAAGGGAACCUCGCCGGAGACGCUUUGUUUCCGCGCCACGGUUCAUAGAAACUCUGGUGGUGGCAGACUCAACCAUGACCCACUUCUAUGGAGAUGAAAUAAAGCACUACAUUCUCACCCUGAUGUCUAUGGCCGCCCAGUUGUACAAGCACCCCAGCAUCAAGAACUCAGUCAACAUGGUGCUGGUGAAGAUGCUGGUGGUGGAGGAUGAGGAGGUCGGCCCGGAGGUCUCCAGUAACGGAGGUGUGGCUCUGAGGAACUUCUGCUCCUGGCAGCAGCUCUUCAACCCACCCAGCCAGAGGCAUCCAGAGCACUAUGACACUGCCAUGCUGUUCACCAGAGAGGACAUCUGUGGACAGAAGAGCUGUGACACCUUAGGUGUGGCCGAUGUUGGGACGAUGUGUGACCCCAAGAGAAGCUGCUCAGUCAUUGAGGACAACGGGCUGCAGGCUGCCUUCACUGCUGCACAUGAGCUCGGUCAUGUGUUGAGUAUGCCUCACGACGACUCCAAGACCUGUGAGAGGCUGUUUGGAGAUUUGGGAGGUCAUUACCUGAUGGCUCCUCUGUUUGUCAGCCUCAACAGAACAGCACCCUGGUCUCCCUGCAGCGCUCUCUACGUCACAGAGUUCUUUGACAACGGACACGGGGACUGCCUGCUGGACGUCCCAGAGAACUCCAUGUCAUUACCCAGAGAGCUGCCAGGCACCAAGUACAGUCUGGACCAGCAGUGCCAGCAGAUCUUUGGAGAAGAGUUCAUCCACUGUCCCAACACCUCAGACAGUGACAUCUGCAGCCAGCUGUGGUGUCAGGAGGAUGGAACAAUGCAAUGCUCCACCAAGAACGGCAGCUUACCAUGGGCUGACGGCACCCCCUGUGGCAUCAACAGGACUUGCCUCCAUGGAGCUUGCAUGUCCACACAGGAGGUGAUGAAGCCACUGGUGGUUGUGGACGGAGACUGGAACGAGUGGGGAGCGUGGCAGCAGUGCUCCAGAACAUGUGGAGGAGGAGUGGAGUUUUCCUACAGAGAGUGUACCAAUCCAGUACCUCAGAACGGAGGAAAGUACUGCGAGGGACAGAGGGUUCAGUACCAGUCCUGUAACACGCAGCCCUGUGACAAUAACCAAGGAAAGAGUUUCAGAGAGGAGCAGUGUGAGAAGUACAACAGCCCAAACUACCUGGACUUCAAUGGGAACAUGAAACAGUGGAUACCAAAGUACGCAGGGGUUUCUCCCAGAGACAGAUGUAAGCUGUUCUGCAGAGCCAGAGGCAGCAGUGAAUUUAAGGUGUUUGAAUCCAAGGUCAUCGAUGGGACGACGUGUGGUCCUGAUACCACAUCAGUAUGCGUCCAAGGCCAGUGUGUGAAGGCGGGCUGCGACCAGGUGAUUGGAUCCAGCAAGAGAGUGGAUAAAUGUGGAGUGUGUGGAGGAAGUGGAUUGACCUGUAGAAAGAUCACAGGCUCCUACAAUAAAGCAAUCUAUGGAUACAGUGACAUUGUCACCAUCCCUGUUGGAGCGACUAACAUCGACAUCAAACAGCGGAGCAACAGAGGGAUCAAACAUGAUGGGAACUACCUGGCUAUAAAGAGAGAGAGCGGUAGUUACAUCCUCAACGGUAACUUCUCAGUGUCUACAGUAGAGCAGGACAUUCCUGUGCUGGGUGCAGUGUUAAAGUACAGUGGCUCCUCCACCACCCUGGAGAGGAUCCAGAGCUUCAGGCAGCUGAAGGAGGCCAUCACCAUCCAGAUCCUGGCUACUGCCGGAGACGCCAACCCCCCAAAGGUCAAAUACACCUUUUUCAUCCCCAAAGAUGUCUCCUUCAACAAAUCUAAGGAGAAGAAGGUGCCGUCACCAUCUUUGCAUGUAAUCCAUCCAUUUGGCGUCCCUGAGUGGGUGCUGGGGGAGUGGUCUGAAUGCUCCAAGAGCUGCGGCUCCGGGUGGUCCAGGAGAAACGUCGAAUGCCGAGACAACGAAGGGUUCCACUCCAGCCUUUGUGACAAGGACUUGAAGCCCAUAGAUAUCAGGGCCUGUGGGGAUCUGCCAUGCCCCAUUUGGCAGAUGGGACCUUGGUCCGCCUGCUCACGAACUUGUGGUCAGGGGGAGCGCCGUCGCAGCGUCUUCUGCAUAGACUACACUGGGAAGACUGUUGAGUCAGAGAAAUGUGAUCCAGAGAAAAUGCCGGAACCAGUCUCUGGAGAGUGCCUCAACCAAGAAUGCUUAUGAGGGACAGACAGUCAGUGAACUUUGCCAUUUUGGUCUGAUUCAACUAAACAUGGGUGGAUUUCUAAGUGGGCAACCUGGGCACAGGAAAAGAGUCCAAGGGGGCAGAGGGUAUGGAUGUAAAACGAUGACAGAAGAGACGCAAAACAAAAUUACAAUAAUGCAAUAUAACAUAAUUAAAAGGAUGUAGUACAUAUAUAGGGCUGUGCUUAACAACUACAAUUUCAUGCAAAUUUCAAGCAAAGCAACUCAAUAUACCCAGUAAAAGAAAUGUAUCCUGACUUUAAAAGACACAAAAGGGCAGAAAAUAUUCACAGUUGUUUUGUGCCUCUGAGAUUCAGAGUCCUCACUUAACUGCAGAUUCAAUGCUAUUCAAACUGUUUUGUGUCUGGAGAGAAAAUGACUUGGGGCCUUGAUAUGUCCGUGCCCAGGAGCUCAUGAUCAUGUUAUCCAGCCAUGUAACUAACUGUUCAUACAACAUUACAUCCAAGGCUCUUGCCUGAAUUUAGUUAUGUCAUCUUUUGUUGACAAAUUACAACCACUAUUGAGAAUCCAAGCAAUGGAAAUCUACCUCAGGAUGUACAUGUGAUGCUAUGUAUAGAUGCUACAUGAAGGUGCUGUGUGCAAGAGGAGUUUUCUAGUCCCACUUUUAACGGAUACUUUCUGUAUGAAGUCUCUGCAAUGUUUUUUUUAUCUUUCAAGUUAGCUGUCAUAUAGAGUGGGACCAGAACUAUGGCAUUAAACCUGCUGUCAAACACCAGCACAGUGUAAAUAUAUACCUCCAAGUGUCCUCCACAGAACUCAAACCUCCAUAAAGCUUUGAUCGAGCCAUUUACCUUUUACUGAGGUAGGCACAUACGAUCAAUGCGGUGGGAUUUUAAGCCUCUGGGAAAUGCGCUCCUGUUUGAUUUGCUUCUCUCUUCAAAACACAUACCAAUCUGAUUAGUAAUUAUGAUUUUGAUGGAAAUGCCAUGCUCUUAUCCUGAAAAAUUUGCAUUGUUGAAUUAUGGAGAAAACCAAUGAGUGUAUCCUUGGCUAAAAUGUGCUUUUUGAGAACACUUGGUUCUAUUUCUGAACCAGACGUGUAGUGUUUAUACAAGAGUUUGAGUUUACACGAUGUGUAAAGGAUUUAGUCUAGAUAAUGAGCAGUCAUUUAAAACUAGAAAAACCAAUGACAGAGAAUUUCCCUCUAUGCAGUGUUUCAGUUUUCCCUGCUGAGACAGUUGAGAGGAAAAUAUGAACAAUCAAUCUGCAAGGCUAUAAAUGCUUCUUCAGUGAUGUAAGAAUGAAAUAAUUACCACAUUAUUGCCUAUAAGAAAGAAUAAUUAUUUUAUUCAUUUCCAAACUUUAUUUGUAAAAGCAUCAUAUGCAAUCACUCACAGUUGUUUCCUUGUAUGUAUAUUUGAUUUCUUCAUUCCUGUUGUUAAUUUACAAUAUGUUAUAAAACAAAACAGACGGAGCAUUAGGCCAAAUAUCCCUUCAGUGAAGGACCAUUCUAUUAUAUUAUUACAGCUUCCUUUUUAAGCUAUUUAUUUUUGUAAAAUUUGUACCUUGUAUGUGUAAUUAACAUGGCAGAUGCUGCUGUCUUUGAGAUUUUUGUCCAUGAAAAUGGUUAAAUAAACACAUUUAUGUCCAAA